AUGGCCAGUGAUCAGAGAUUCCAGCGGACUGUGCAAGCAGUUGCGGAAGCUGUCCAAAUAUUUGCCGCUGGAACAUUUAACUUUGCAGAAAGCAUCAAACAGAUAUGGGGACCGCAGAUCCAGCCGGAUGCAGUGGAGACAUCGAAUCACUUGCCCGUCGAGGGGAUGCAGGAUGUCCAAGUGGUUGAUAAACUGCGCGACAGAUCCCCAUUCUCCCAGGAUGGAGAUCAACUAGCGAUCAACUCCCCUGGUCAUCCGCCGUCUAUGACCUUGCACGACGGGGAGGGGACACCAGAACUCCCGCAUGAAGCAAUCGUGCCGCUAGAGACAGCAAAAAUGCAGCUCUCUAAUGAUAUGGAUGCAGUAUCUGGGUCACUCCAGGAUGCUGUCAGAAGCUGCUACGAGUGCUUUGCGUCCUGGCAAAACGAAAGCCCAUUCCCACCUUGUCUUCCUACACUAGUGGGGCCAUUAAACGAGAUGGGGAAGAUGAUGCAACGCAAAAGAGAGCAGGAUCUUUAUAUUGCAGCACAAAAUGGUAAUGUUCCAAUAAAAAGCGAGCGCUUUGAGGAUGCAGUUUAUGAGACAUCCGAGCCGCUAGACAUGCCUUUAUCAUCCCCAAUUAUGGACAUCCCACAACAGCAGGUCGGUUCAAAGCGAGCCUAUCACUAUAUUAAUGAGCAGCAACCUAUAUUCAAACGGCAGCGGUUACAGGAAUUGCGACGAGUACUAGUGCCAGAAGUCUGCAGAGGGGAAAGUGGUCCACGACAGGAACAAAAUAACCACAGAGCGGUGGCGGACAGUCGGGAGUAUUCGCAAUCACCGGUAUCUUCGUCGCGAUCUAAAGGAAAGGCAGCGCAGAUCAAGAUGGUAAUGAAUAGGCAAGACAACUCACCUGUCGAAAAUUCAGACAUAUUGCCAAUCGCACAUAAAGUGACGAACGAAGACGUGCCACAUCUAGAGGGAGAAAAUGAUGGAUCCUGUCUUUCACGCAGAAAGAAUCCUUGGAAGAUUCGUCUUCAGAAGAGGAUGACGAUCACUCCUCCGAAGGAGAAGAAGAAACGGCUGUGCAAAUUCCAGCAGUAA